GGCUCCGCCAUGCCGAACCUACCGGUGGGACACAGGCCGUGGGUGGAAAAAUUGGUAAUACUCACGCGAUCGCCCCGGCCCACUCGACCAUAGUGCGCCAAAAAAGCAAGGAGCGGCAUCUCGCUGGAUGUGCUUGGCAGAACCACCUUCCUCUCCAGAGCGGAAAGAUCUGCUGAUUUCUGUUGGAUAAGCAAGAAGCGACAUGGGGAUCCACCUGGUCUACAGCUUGACUACAAGGACAUGGUUCGCUAGCGAUUGGCACGAAGCCGCCUGGAGUAUGAGCGGCGCUGCGGAUUGCAGAUUGGUACUGGGCGGGAGUUGCUUUUACGAGUCACCAAGGAUCCCAGAACGGGGUCACGCUGGUGCAGCGCGGUGGGAAAAGUCGGCAGUGGGCGGAGCCCUUUUUCCCAGGCAACAGCGAUGCUUAGCGGGAAUGCUGCAGCUGCCCCGCCCAAUGGCAGCAGCAGCGGGGAGAGAUCUGCUAGGACGCAGGCGAAGGGCGGGCAUCGAUGGCAAUCGAUUGGCGUGCAGGAUGCAUGUGGUGCUGCACUUCGUGUUUUUUAUUUUUCGCACUCGGUCAAUGCUUGUCCUCAGGCGGAGGUGUCAUCCAAAGGACGGAGCGGAUAUGGUGGGGUCGCGGGAAAUGAAAAAGCAAUAUGUGCAGGAUAUGCACAGGCUGGGUGUUUCGAGAAAGGAGAAAGGAAAAAUGUAGCGGAGGGAAGGCCGCCAGAGAAAAAAACCGGGUCGUGGCCGGGAGGACGCCAAACGACAGAAAGCUGGAU